GAAGCUGUAUACCUACAACAUGGGACCUCGAGGUUUUGGGUUCCUGGUGGCUCUUCUCGUCCUGGGGCUGUGCGCCCUGGCAGUCAGCGAGAAGCCUUCCCCCUGCCGGUGCUCAAGGACAAGCCCAGAGAAAAGGAAGAACUGUGGCUUCCCUGGCAUUACCAGCAACCAGUGCUUCGACUCCGGGUGCUGUUUCAACUCCAGUGUCCGUGGCGUCCCCUGGUGUUUCAAUCCCCUUCCGGUGCAAGACGCGGAGCAGUGUGUCAUGGAAGUGGAAGCCCGCAAGAACUGCGGGUACCCCGGCAUCAGCCCGGAAGAGUGUGCCUCCCGAAACUGCUGCUUUUCCGACACCAUCCCUCAAGUGCCUUGGUGUUUCUUCCCUCUCUCUGUGCAAGACUGUCAUUAUUAAGAAGUGCUGGCCUUGGAGAAUUGACCUGGCUCACUGGAUGCUCUUAAAAAAAAAAAAAAAAAAGAAGAUUCACCAUCUCAUCAGCUUCACAUUUCACGUUUCAUGAAUUCCUGUGCUUUCCUCGUCUUCUUUUUAUUCUCCUCAAUGAUUUAACAUAUAAUUUCUUCAAAUAAAGAAAACCCUUCAAAUUGGCUAAAUUUCUUUUUGGCUUCAUGGGCAUGGCAGUGGUGAUAGUGUGUCUGUAAGAAUGUGUGAGUAUGUAUGUGUGCAGUUUUAACAAUUUUUUCGUUUACUGUAAAAGCAACCUAUUCAUCAAAUACAGGCUAUUGUAGCAGCAAUAAAGGACUCCAUGUCAGUGGAUUUUAACUCCCCGUCUGUUAAACUCAUGGCUGUCAAGAUGAUUCCGAUUCACAGCGCCCCUAUAAGGACAGAGUAGAAAUGCCCCAUAGUGUUUCCAAAGCUAUAAUCUUUACGGAAGCAGACUGCCACAUCUUUCUCCUGCAGAGCAGCUACUGGGUUCGAACCGCCGGCCUUUUGGUUAACAGCCCAACACUUAACCACU